AUGAAACAUUUAAAUAAUAAUCAAACCUUGCAUCUAACAUGUGAUCAUAUAAUCGAUUACAACAAUUAAGAUAUUGGAGGAUUUAAUGUAAAUAAUUCAUUACAUUCUUAGAUAUCAAAUGACUCUAAUUAUAUUGCCAUUUUCACUAAUUCUUAAUAAGAUAUUGAAACCUUCCAAUUUAGAAUAUAUUGCUUACAAUCAUUUAAAUUGAUUAUCACUUUUAACGUCUCAAAAAUCAACAUAAAACCAAAUUCGAUAUACUUUUCAGAUAAUUCAUCUUAUUUUUACUAUAAUUCCUAUGGUAAUCAUUUGACCUUACUUAACUUAUAGGAUCUAACUUUCAAAACAAUACCCAUUCACAUUUAAUCUAUGAAUUGUGAGCUUUGGUUAUUUGAUUAAACAUUACUAAUAAAAGAUAAUCUGCAUUUACACAUUUAUAACGUAUAAAAUGAAUAGAAGAUAGAAUAACUUCGUCUAGGAUUCACUUUUUCCUAAUUCACACCAUUCUCAAGAAAUAAUUAUUACCUAUUGAAUGAUAAACAAUCAACUUUAGAACUAUGGUCUAAUUAUCACUCCUUUCUAAAAAUGAAAUUAUCAAAGUAGUUUUCAAAAUUACCUGGUAGAAUAAUGUUGCUCAAAGAUCAAUUUAUUCUUUGUGUAAUUAAUUUUAGGAUAAUUAAAUUAUUAUCAAAAAGUAAUUUUCAAAUACUUAGAAGUAUUAUACUGGGGAGUCAUUUCAAUAAGGAGUAACUCCAUUUUGAUGAUGAGAUCGCAUUUGUUAAAAUGUAAAUGUACCCUUCUACGUUAAAUAUCAGCAAUUUAAUGCCAGAAAUUUCUCAUAAAUAAUUAAAACUUGAAAAUGGUUUCCUAGAAGAAUUUACUUCUUAUGAAUAAACCUCAAAACUACUAAUAGGUAUAAAACUAAAGAACUUAUGUGGUUUUGAAUUGAAAAUUUAUAAAUUACCAUUUUGA